AUAUUUGAGCUCCGGGUGCAUGAAUCCACGCUUAUUUUUUCAGAAAAGCCCUUGAGCAACAAAUAAUUGGCAUUUGAGGGGGAGUCAGAGAGCCAUGGAAGGAAGGAAAUAAAACCCCAGGGCUAGAUCCUCCCCCUUGUCCAAAGAGAGAGAAAAUUGGUGAAUAAAUGAGCAGUAUGCGGGAGAGACUGCGAUACUCAGUUACCCUAAACGGAAACUGCAGGGUUCGGGCACAAAUUAAAAGGAACAGAGGAAGAAGGAAGAGGAAAACUGAGCAAAACCCAAGAGGGGGAAAAACCCAGCGAAGAUGGACAGUCUGGUACCUCAGUCUUCUGCCUUUCAAGUUGCACUUCUGUUGUUUAUGGAAUAUGUCGACCUUGGGAAGUUGGUAGCGGCUAUAGAAGGGGGAUCAUGUUUUGGACUUGGCUUACUGCUACUGCUUUUCUACAAUUGUACUGCUGUUCUGUUGCAAUGCCUAGCAAGUUACAUCUCUCUUGUCACUGGAAAGGACCUUGCACAGGUUUGCAGUGAGCAAUAUUCUAGGCUGAGUUUUGUUCUUCUAGGGACUGCAAUUGAGCUUUCGAUGAUUGCAUCAGAUGUGACAAAGAUUCUAAGUGUUGCAUAUGGGUUUCACGUGUUGUUUGAGAUGGAUUUAUUCACUUGCACCUCUUUAGCAUCCAUUCUUUCUGUUGUGCUUCCUAUCUUCGUCUUCUCCUUGGGAUAUCACAAUUUGAAGGUGCUACAUGUUAGCAUAGCAAUCUUCUCAUCGCUCUUUUAUGUGCUUGGAGUGCACCUUAUUCAGCUGGAAACUUCAUUUUCCCCACAUAAGGCAUACUCAGAUGUGAAUUUGAAGAAUGCUCAUACAGUAAUGGCUCUUCUUGGUGCACAGAUAGUACCUCACAAUUUCUACAUUCAACCUUAUAUUAUACAGCUACAAAGGAAACAGUUAGAUGCCAGUAUGAGUGUGGUGCUUCAGACCCAUCUUUUUACUUUUGUAGGCAGCUUCUGUAUUCAACAGUUAUAG